AGCAGACAACUGUACCGGUAAGUUGAAACUGGAAACGUAAAACGUCAAAAAUCUUUGAAAACAUAAAUAAAAUGACUAACUUAAAAGUAGCGGUGUCGAUAAAAAUAGUAUUUUCCCGUUGAUUUCCAUUAUGCUGGGCUGCAGGAUCACUUGUUUUCGUGCGAAAUAAUGAUGCCAUGCUGAGAGAGAAAUUUGUGGCCUACACUUCGAGAAAAUUGAGAAAAAUGAAACACGAGACCAUUACUUUUGUCCGCGUUUAAGAAUUUAGGGAAAGGGUAAGAAAAAAUCACCUAGGCUGGAGUUGGACAGGAAUUCUCUAGCCAUACGUUGCGGGAUUUAGCCUUGACCUAGGUCGAACUGCGUCAGCUGCAAAAAAAGUAUACAUUUUGGCACCUGAUAGUUUUUUUUACCUAGGAGGUUAGGUUCAGUACUGAAACAUUAUUGAAUAAGGUCAGUCGCAUCUCAAAAUUUCCUGUAGCGCUAUGUUUCUACGUGAGCAAGGAAAACAUUUAAGUCUUCAAGAUAGAGGCGCUAUAGUUGCGCUUUUUCAUGAAGAGACUACCAUACCUGAAAUUGCGGAUAUAAUUCAAUGCCAUCCUAAUACGGUUAAAAAGUGGAUCCACCGAUAUGAAGAAACUUUUGAUGUUAAGCGCAAAAUAGGAUCCGGACAAGCCCGUAAAACGACGCCAGCGCAAGAUGCCAUGUUGUUGCAGGCCGUCAGAGCAAAACCUAUCACAACCCUGCAGAAACUAAAAGAUAUUUGUGAGUUGCCCAUUGAUCGAGGAACAAUUUCUCGAAGGCUAAAAAUGCAUGGGAUUUACGGAAGAAUUGCCGCCAAAAAAGAAUUCCUUACAGAAGCCUACAAAAAUACAAGAUUAGCAUUCGCAACGGAAUUCGUCAAUAAAGGUGCAGAUUGUGGGCAAAAGUUAUUUUUAGUGAUGAAAAAACUUUCGGGUAAAACAUUUAUUCGGUUUAUUUUUCUUAAUUUUGCUUUCAUUACUUUACAUUCGUUUUAUAGUUCCCAUGAAUUUGGUCGUUUCUUCGUCUUUCGAACGAAUGGAACUAGGUUCAACCCUAAUCAUACUCAGAUGAUUAAACGGAGCGGGAGACAAUCAAUUUUAGUUUGGACCUGGUUUUCAUCUGAUGGCACCGGGAAACCAUGA